CACAGACUUGGACAGAAUCUGCUAUCUAAUAUCUAAAGUAUCUAUUAUCUAAAGUAUCUAGUAUCUACAGUAUCUAAUAUCUAAAGUAUCUAGUAUCUACAGUAUCUCGUCGUGUGUUUGGGCUCUCGUCGACAUUUUGAAGCAUUCACACAGCAAUAGGAAGAAGAUGUCGCUGGUGAGAGGAGGCGGUCGACCGCAACAAAACAAAGUGAAAAAGGCUGUUGUUCGCUCCAAGAAGUCAAACCCUCCUAAAAGAGAGUGGCUGAGCACUGUAAAUGACUUGUCCGUGCACAAGCUCUCGCCUGCAGAGCUGAAUCAUCGCCACGAGCUCCGCAAGUCCCACAACAAGGCUGCCGCCCAAUGGGAGCUGAGAGAGAAGGCUCUUCAAGGCCGUCUUGUUAAGCAGGCUGGCUCUAGUCCAGCUCCUCUAGACCAAAGCAGUCUCACAAUCCUAAGAGAGGUCUUUUCUGACAAGCUGCUGCUCCAAGAUGUGCUGGCCCGCUCCGACAGAGCUAUGGCUUUGGUCCAAAACCUGUUUGGAGAUGCUCCACGCAGGCAGACUGGGCAUGCAUGUGUGACCAUGGUUCCAAACUCCGACUCUCCUCCAACUCGCUUGUCACUCUUUGGCGAGUCUAUGGUGGAGCAGCAGGCUCUUAGUGAGCAAGAGGACAAUGAUGAUACCUCUUCGGCCACACUAAUCCAAAGGAAAAUGAAGGCAAAGAAUAAGGUGCAGCGCCAAAAGGUCUGUCGCCAGAGAUUCAGUAGCCCUGGAAGUCCGUGCAUGUCAGCCAGCGCACCAGCACAAACAGCUCUCAAUGCCACACUGGCAGUUCAGCGUUUAAGAUCUCAACAGAACCAGUCACAAGAAGCCAUGGGGGAGCCUUCUUUUCUUGUCUCCCAAGUCCUCAACCCUGAGUUGUCUCCUAGGCAAGCAGGCAGCUGUUGCACCGCCAGGACCAGGAAGCGUGUUUGCAAGACCGUCGAGCUGAACGGCUCCUCUGUUGCCUCUCUCAGCGGGGAGCAGUCCAGUCUGGGCCUGCUGCAGACCUUGUUAGGCCAAGUGGAGGUGGACUUGGAUCGUCUGAGUCCAGACGCGGGACCGGCAUGGAAUCAGAGUCAGCAGACAACACAUGGCUUCACUGGCUUCUCCGUGGCUUUGGUCUCCACUCUGGGGCGCCUAGUUCACAUCCUCAAAAAGCACCAAGAUGAAUCUGAGAGUGCGGUUGAGGAAAGACGCCGCCUGGAGGAGAAGCUGAGAGAGCAGCGAGGCCUGAUUGAUGCUCUGUCUGCUGAGAGCAUGACUCUGCGAGAAGAGGCCACCUCCCUGCAGCAACGGACAACAGAGCUGGAGAGAAAGUUGGAGUCUGUGGUGUCAACGUCUCAAUGUUCUGAUGUCAUAGCUACAGUUCAGCAGCCUGUUGGUGACCCACCACUCAUCUCUCUUUCUCCUGUUGGCCACCGCGACUCCUGGUGUCCACUUCCUGAUACUCAUCCUGGGCCAUCGCAUCAAGACGCCAACGACAAGCUCCGUGCUCAAAGCUCAAGCCUUCCUUCUUCGUUGUCACUAACCUCUGACCCUCUCCUGUCCCUGGAAGCCAUGGAGGCUGAGAUUGCUAAACUCUGCAGACUUAAGGAUGUGAUCAAAGCCCAGCUUAGCCAAGCUCGGGCUGGAGGCUUGUUUGACAGCAGUGGAGAGCAGAGGACUUUGAGUUCCAUCAGUGCAAGCAGAGUGACACCUCAUAGUGUCAGCAAUAGGACAACUGAGUCAGCCAGCACUACUCAACACGUCAAUCAACAGGGCACGCUGGCUAGUAACACCCUCAGUGUGCAACAGCGGCUCCUGGAGGUCAACAAGCAAAGUGCAGCAGCCAGGGGUCGACUGUUGGAGCUUAUCGAGCAGCAGAAGCAGAAUAUCUCCACUAAGGUGUCCCCGUCUGACUACCGUAUCCCUUCAUCGGCCUUCAGCCCACAGCCAGCAGGUGACGCAAGUGCUGACCAAUCAUUUCUGAUGCCUGCUGAGGAGUCACUGUCAGGUGCUGACAGACGACCAUCUGCUUGUGAAGUGUAUUCUCAGCAUUAUGAGGAAGCACAGAGGGAUGGAAGCACACAGGUAGACAAGCGGAGAGUCCAGGAGGGCUGGUUUGCCCUGUCUGCUCAUGUACGAUGCUAAAAGUUUCUUUUAUCGCUCCUUUUAAUUGGCCUUAAUAAAUGUUUUUUGAAGAAA